GAUAAUAAAACCGGCAUGCGGCAGCAUGUGUUUUUAAUUCAUGAAGAAAUGUCCCGAACAGAGAAGAUGUCUGGAUUACAGCAAAUCUGGGACUGCGUUCUGCAAUAUGAGACUUUUCUCAGGUCUCCCUUUUUCCCAGUGCUCUUCUCUCUUACAGUCUACUUAAGUUUUUGCCUACCUUUUGUAGUCCUGGACAUACUUUCUCCCAAAGUAGCACUGAUACAGAGAUACAAGCUUCAACAGAAAUCCAGCGUGACAUGGAAUAUGAUGUGGAGCUGCCUCGCACUAUCACUCUACAACCAUGCGGUGUACAUCUUCCCACUAAGCGUUUUGCACUGGUACUGGAAUCCAGUCAGCUACCCAGUGGCAGCACCUGGGAUCCUGGAAGUUGUGAAGGAUCUCGCAGCCUGCCUGCUUCUCUUUGACUUCCAGUACUUUGUUUGGCAUCUGCUUCAUCACAGAGUGCCCUGGCUGUACCGCACUUUCCACAAGGUGCAUCACAAGAACACGGCCACCUUCGCCCUCACUACGGAGUACUCAGGGGCUUGGGAGACUCUAUCAUUGGGUUUCUUCGCUGCUGUAAAUCCCAUGUUACUUGGAGUUCAUCCCAUGACAGAGAUGCUUUUCCAUAUUUUGAACAUGUGGCUGUCAGUGGAGGAUCACUGUGGAUAUGACCUGCCGUGGGCUACACACCGCCUGGUGCCUUAUGGACUGUAUGGUGGAGCGCCUCAUCAUGAUCUUCACCAUCAGAAGUUCAAGUCCAACUAUGCGCCGUACUUCACCCACUGGGACAAACUCUUUGGCACUUUGCAUGCUGAAUGAACUGAAAACCUGGAAUACAUUACACAAACUGAUUACAUCUUUUUUGUAAAAAGUAUAUCUGUGUCUUUGUCAUUCUAUGAAUGAAAACAAAGCAUCUCUUGAACAAUGAAGUCGCUAAGCUUUAUGUGUGUUUUGUUGACUGUCUGUAUUUAAGUGUGACUGUAAAAAAAAUAUAUACUGUAAAGCACUUUAUAAGCAUCUUCACUAUUUAACUUUUAUAUCAUAUUUAUUAUAUUGUUUUGUAAUACAUAUUUUAA